UGUCAAGACGAUAAAAGGCCACUGCACUGCCUUCUGCAACACUUGAUUUUAGAAGAGACCAGAGACCCAGCCACCAAAGAUCUGCUCAGCUCUGUUUGAACUUGAAGAUGACAUCAAAAGUUCAUUUGAUCCUCCUGAGUUGGUUGUUAACCCAGCAAGUGACAGGCCUGACUGAGCGUUCCGACCUGGACAUGGCUCCCAAUGCAUUUGAUGAUCAGUAUGAGGGCUGUGUUGAAGACAUGGAGAGAAAAGCACGCCAGCUGUUAGAAGAAGACUUCAACAUGUGUAAGAAAUUUGAACGUUUGUGGAAAGAGGCAGAGGUAAAAUGGAAUGAGACAAAAAAGACAAUGAAGUAUCCCAAAGGUUUCAAUGACUACCAUGGAACAGCUGUAGUGGCUUACACUGGGCACACCCUCAACAAUUUUCACACAGCUGUUAGAGAAUUCAAGAAAAAUCCCAGUAACUUCCAUUACAAGGCCUUCCAUUACUACUUAACAAGAGCCCUUCAGCUUCUGAGAAACCAAAACCGUAGUUGUUACACAGUUUACAGAGGCAGCAAGAACAAGUUUCAUUACAGUGGGGAGGGCUCUGUGCGGUUUGGGCAUUUCGGUUCCUCAUCUUUCAACAGAAGAGUAGCUUAUGUGGACUUUGGUGGUGCUACUGGAACACUGUUUACCAUCAAAACGUGCUUGGGGGUUAACAUAAGUGGUUUUUCCUACAAACCUAAACAAAUGGAGGUGUUAAUUCCAGUAUAUGAAGUAUAUGACAGUGUCACCGUAGAAGAAAGUAGCAAGUGGAAUGAGGAAAUUACUCUGGAGUCCCCCAAAAGAGGGAAGAGCAACUUCAAUUGCUUCUACAGCAGUUCUACCAACAAGAGUCAUUUCAGCAGCUCAGCAACCCUGCUGCUUGUGGUGCUACCUGGUCUCCUGGUACAGCUGCUGCCUCUUGUUGAGCUGUAGCCCUCUCCUGCCUGCAGUUCAUGGGUCUGAGUGUUGAAGGUCAGCCCAGGGGCAAGAACUUGGUGGUUCUCUGAGGUCUGUGGUAGAACGAAGAUUGCAAUCAUUUUGGUGUAUAUCUACUUUAGCAUUCAUGACUUCCAUAGACACCCAAGGACCUGCUGGGUCUGUGGGUGAAAUUUUAUGCUCUGACUACAAAUUUACUACCCUUUGACACUUUGCUAUCGUCAAAGAGCAGUGUUUGUCUUCAUGGUCAGCUGUAACAGUUUUAAAGCAAGUGUUAUGUGAUGAAUGUUACAAUCUAGGAAAUAAACCAUUUAUAACCACA